ACGGUCAGCCUGGUCAGGUAUGUAUUAUUGAUGGGAAAAGCUGAAAGUCGUGGUACGGUCCAGUUCGUGUAAAGGGGUUUUUACUUCUAUUGCCUGUGAAAUUGCGCCUUGUUCCGCAAUCUCUUAUAAUUUCCAUUUUGUGGGUCAUUGUCCUCUCCACGUUCCAUUGUUUCUCAAUUCUUUUGCUCGUUGAUUCGGAUGGCUCUAUAGAUCAAUGACGAAGCCUCCUCUGCUUUCACUCGCGGAUUCAUCUAUGAUGUUUUUUUGAGUUUUAGAGGUGAAGAUACCCGUUAUAAUUUCACGCUUGAUUUAUAUCAAGCUUUGUGUGAUAAGGGUUUUAACACCUUUAUUGAUAAUAAUCUUGAGAGAGGGGAAGAAAUUUCAACCGAACUUCUGAAGGCCAUUGAAUUGUCCAUGAUUUCGAUUGUUGUAUUGUCUGAAAAUUAUGCAUCUUCGAGUUGGUGCCUGAAUGAACUUGUUCAGAUUCUUGAGUGUAGGAAUAAGGGACAGGUGGUUCUACCUGUAUUUUACAAAGUGAAUCCCUCAGAAAUACGUAAACAAGAGGGAAAGUUUGGGUUAGCACUAACUAAACAUGAAGAAAAAACCAAGGAUAACAUGGAGAAGGUUCAGAGGUGGAGGGUAGCUUUAACCAAAACAACUGAUUUGUCCGGCUUUUGUUUCAAGGAUGGCUGCAUUGAAUCUGAAUUUCAAUUUAUCCAAAGAAUUAUUAAAGAGAUAUCAAGCACCAAAUUGGAUCGCACACAAUUAUUUGUUGCUAAACACCCGGUUGGAAUAGAUUCUCGUGCGGAGGCUAUAGAAUCGCUUGUAGAUACAAAGUCAAAUGAUGUUCGCAUAGUAGGGAUUUAUGGCCUUGGAGGAGUAGGUAAGACUACAAUUGCAAAAGCUGUUUAUAACAGAAUUUUUUAUCAUUUUGAACGGAGUUACUUUCUAGAGAAUGUUAGAGAACAAUUGGGGACAAAUGAUGGCAUAAUCAAAGUGCAAAGGAAACUUCUUUCUAAGAUAAUAGGAGACAAAAAUUUGAAAAAGGUGGGUAACAUAGCUGAAGGAAUCAAACUAAUAAUGGAUAUGCUUUGUCAUAUAAGGAUUCUUUUAAUUCUUGAUGAUGUGGAUGAAUUGAGUGAGAUAGAAAAUUUGCUUGGAAAAUGUAAUUGGUUAGCUUCAGGAAGCAGAGUCAUUAUAACAACAAGAGACAAACAAGUGCUAACCACUCUUGGAAAAGAGCUUCUAAUUUAUGAGGUUAAGAAAUUGAAUCAAUGUGAAGCUUGUGAACUUCUCAGUCUACACGCCUUCCAACUAAAUAAACCUAAGGAAGGCUAUUCAAAAAUUGUAGAGCAAAUUAUAAAUUAUGCCAAUGGUCUUCCAUUAGCUCUAAAAAUAAUAGGUUCUGAUUUGUGUGGAAAAAGUAUAUGUGAAUGGGAAAGUGCAUUAGAAAAGUAUAAAAGCAUUCCUCACAAAAAGAUUCUAGAAAAGCUCAAAAUAAGUUAUGAUGCACUGGAAAAAAUUGAAAAGGAUAUUUUUCUCAAUAUUGCUUGUUUCUUCAAGGGAUUCCACAAGGAUUAUGUUGUAAAUAUAUUAGACUCUUGCAAUUUAUAUCCAAAUUAUGGUAUUCGAAAACUCGUUGAUAAGUGCCUCAUAACUAUUGAAUUUGGCAAGUUGUUGAUGCAUGACUUGCUACAACAAAUGGGUAGAGAAAUCAUUCAACAAGAAUCAGAAGAACCCAAAAAUCGAAGCAGAAUAUGGUGUUAUAAGGAUGCUUAUGAAGUACUAACUAGAAAUAUGGGGUCCGAUAAAAUUCAAGGUAUAAUGUUGUAUUCACCUGAACCAGUAACAAUGACACUACAAAAUGAGCCUUUCAAAAUUUUGGAAAAUCUUAAAUUUCUGUUAGUUCGCAAUGUACACAUUUGUGAAGAAUUUGAAUAUCUUCCCAGUGGGCUAAGGUUGCUUGAAUGGCCAGAAUAUCCUUUUUCCUUGCCAUCCAAAUAUGAUCCCCAACAACUUGUUGCACUCAAUGCGCCACGAAGUCGCAUUAGAUUGAAAAUAUUCAAGCAGGGAAUCCAAUUAAAAAAUUUAAAACAUAUCAAUCUCAGCAAGUGUGAAUCUAUUACGAAACUACCUGAGUUGUGUGCCCCAAACCUAGAAACAUUGGACCUUUCUCUUUGUAAAAAUUUAGUUACAGUUCAUGAGUCCUUUGGAUUUCUUGAUAAGCUCCAAGCAUGGAAUCUUGACCGUUGUGCAAAACUUCAAAAUCUUCCAAACAGCCUUAGGCUGAAAUCCCUUAAAGAAUUUUUUCUUACAGACUGCUCAAGCCUAGAGAAGUUCCCCGAUAUUCAUCUAGAAAUGAAAUGCUUAGAGAAUUUAGAUUUAAGUGGGAGUGGUAUUCUAGAGUUGCCUUCAUCAAUAGGUUAUCUCACUGGACUUAAGAGUUUAGACCUAGAAUAUUGCCACAACCUUAGGGAUGUUCCUGAUAGUAUCUAUAAAUUGCAAUUGCUUGAGGGCUUGUAUAUUCCCACUGCCAAAUUGAGACCGGUGUGCAGUUCCUUUGAUGGCUUUUCCGGAUACGGGUUUUUGAGGUUGGAUUGCCUUGAUUUCAGGCGUUCUAAAAACAUAGUUGAAUUAGAUCUUUUGAUAAAGCUCGAUUACUUCCCUGCAUUGAAACACCUAUUUCUAUCUGGGACAAAUAUUGUUAGCAUCCCUGAAAGCAUUAGCAAAUUUACUACAUUAGAGAUCCUUGAAAUAAAUAAUUGCAAGCAGCUUCGGGAAAUUCCGAGACUUCCGCAAUCUAUAAGAUUAGUCAAUGCAAAGGGCUGCCUGUCAUUGGAUCAACAAUCUUCAAGCAGAUUAUUGAAUCAGAUUGGAGAAAUUUUAGGAACUAAACCAAAUAAAGAAUGUGAAGGAGAAAGAAGUGAAAUAUUAAUGGAUCCACAGUCAUUAAUUAAAUUAUUGCUCUCUAAUGAUGAGGGCUUUGGAUUUGAAAAUGAUGACGAUCAUCGUAGUUUUAUACUACCAGGAAUUGAAAUUCCAAAGUGGUUCAACUCCAACCAUCAAGGGGUUGGAAAUUCCAUAUCAUUCUAUGUUGGUCGCAAAUUUCCAAAUAAUUUUGCUGUCUGUUUUGCUGUUGGACUAGUCCCACAUUCAUCCCCACAUGCUUGGAAUGUUUACCUCUCCAUCAAUGGUUAUAAAAAAAUUUGCAUUGGUUUAAUUUGGAUGCUAGAUGAAGUUUCCGGUCAUCUGUGGUUAUGUUCUAGAUCACAUCACAAAUUGCAGAAGCAAUUGAAUGAAUCAAAUCCAUCUGAACAGAAUUAUGUUGAGGUUAAAUAUGAAGUGAACAAUACUUUUGAGCCAAGAAGUUGGGGGGUCCAUGUAGAAUGUAUCUGUUGUCCUCAAAACUCCAAUAUUUCUUACUUGCCACUUCUAAGUGCUAGGCAUAGUUGUGGGUCUUCCUUCAUUCCGGGCAACACUGAACUGCCACCUUUGCCACCAGUUUCCUCCACUUCUUAUGGUUCAAAUUUAGAUCACGGAGCUUUCAACAAUGUUGGAGAUUCUAAGCGUGCUGAAAUUCGACUCAAGCCUAGCAGAAAGCCAAGCUCUAGGCUCUAAAGACAGAGCUCUCUUCCAACCCCGUCCAUGUGGCAGGAUUGGGCUAAAGAUAAAGCUUCUCUUACCACUAGCUAUCUUCAUCAUCUUUAUUCAUUUUCUAAACAAUGGAAACAACAUAUAAUGGUGAAUAUCAGUCUUCUUUGUUAUGGUCCACGAAGACAAAUGGCACCAAUCUUUGCAAUCUGAUGUGGGGCUUCCAAUGGAUACCACAAAUGGGUCCAGAUUAGGCUUGGGUUGGCCAGAUUUGGGAUUUACUGAUGGAUUUGAUCAAGGUUCAUCUUCAAAGGCCCAUACCUUUCAAAAAAAAAAAAAAAAUUUUGAUGAUUCCAACACCAAUCUGUAUCCACCAUCAAUGAAAAUGAGAACAUCUUGAUCGAACUUCAAAGAAAUAAGCUUCCAUCUGAAACUCGAUGCCAAGAUUUAGGUGUUUCCAGUUCAACUCUCAAAAGACCAAAAUGCUUUAGAUCUAUCCAGGUUUGAAGCGGUUGAAGGAAUUCAAAACCUCUGGGGUAAUUCCAUGGAAAUGUUAUUCUGUGGAUCUCCAGCUUUAGUCAUCAAUAUUCUAGUGAAUAUUCUUACUCUGGGUCAGCCAGAUUUGGGAUUUAAUGAUGGGUUUGAUCUGGCUUUCAUGUUCAAUGACUCUUACCUUUAUCAACGAUGAUUCCAACUCCAAUCUGUAUCCACCAUCAAAGAAAAUGAAAACAACUUAAUUUAACUUCGAAGAAAUAUGUCUCCAUCUGAAAACAACCUUGAUGAUAAGUUAACUGCCGUUGUUGCUUUUGAAGUAAUUGCUUCGCAUCAAAUUCCCUGUUCUUGUGCAUAAUUUGAUUGUUGCUUCCGAUGUUUGAGAACAUAUUAAUGACCUCUGUACUCUUGAAUAGCUCAAGACCUCUGCAGCUGACAAUUUUCCACUCAAGACAAGCCGUUAAAAUGGUUCUAUCAUGGUGACAUUGUUUGUGUCUUCUGCAAGAGCUUCCUUGAGAGUAGGAACCACUUGUUCUUGGAGCACCCUUUCUCAAAGAGGCUAUGGGAGCUAGUUAACCCAUAAUUUCUAAUAAGAUCUAAGAUUUGGACGGAAAGUGCAAGACAAUGCAACUCUUGAGAAAUAUGUCCUAGAACAAUUAAAGUUCAUAUCCUUUAUGAGUUAAAAGAAAGAGGUUCAACUCUUGGAGACAAAAAUGCUUUAGAUCUAUCAAGGCAGGCUGAAUCAUGUAAUGCUCAGUGUGGUAAAAUCUUGAAAGUGCUUGAAUUACAAAGGACUAUGCCAAAGUCAUCAAGAUGUUACUCUUCUAUAGCUAAAAGGCUUUUCCCACAACAGAGAGUUUCUUAGCAAUAUAGCACAUGAUCAGAUGUUGAAGAUGAAAGAAGGUCAAACAAUCUACAUAAAGAAAUGGAGAAACAACCUGGACCAAAUUAGGAACAGAGCCAAACCAGAGAACACGCUGGAUUACCUAAUUCUAUCAAACACAGAGAAAGGGCCAUGUGGCAAAUUAUGCAAGCAUCAAUUUUGAAUAGUAUUCUUGAUGUUAGAUGAUUUAUUGCGGGGUUCUGGAAAAUGGUCUAACUAGUCAAGCUGCCUUGGUGAUUAUGUAGUGUUGAGAUGGAUGUGGAAAUUAGUAGUCCAAAUAUUAACGAAGGUCUACCUGGUCUUUUGAGGAAUUUUAUUGUAAUAAAAAAUAUUGAACACUGUUUGUCUAUUGAGAAAACCCAAAGAUUAUAUAAUUGGAAUGUUUAGAAAAAGGUUAUUCAUGAAAAUAUUAGUUUCUCAAAUGGUAGCAAACAAAUAGUUUUAAUCAUAUCUUCAAAUGAAUUGGUUAAUUUGUACUAUCCAAAAUAAAACUUAAUGUAGUAAUUUUGAUAUAAUACUUUUAAGAUUAAAAGUGUAUACCUAAGGUAUCCUUUUGGCUGUAUAAAAGCUCAGUGAAUCCCUAGACAAUGGGUUAGUUGCUUGCUUUCCACGGGAUAAAUCAAUAUGGCUGGCUCAAGUAAUUUGAUUGAAGACAAAACAAAAAUUGAUACAAAAUGAAAUUGAAAUAACAGAAAAAGUAAAUAUCUUCUGGGAGUCAGUACCUAGGGUUGCCUGGAGUUGACAUCAAGCUAGAUAGAAGACCUAUGAGUUAAAGCACCUAGGGUUGGCUAGAGUUAAUACUAGAUCUUUUUAAAGAUUCCAAGAAUUUUUUUUUUUUUUUUUUUUUAUCAAACAAAUUGUAAAUUGUCUUCGUUGGAGUACAAUCCUACACUUAUAUAGACUUACUAUGGCUAAAACAUAAUUCUAGUGAGAUUAGGAAAACUUAAUUAGAUAAUUCUAGUCGGAUUGGGAAAACUUAAUUCUAAUUGACUUGAGAAAUCCUAAUUAUUGAAUUAUUACAAAAAUAAUCUUUAGGAAAUUAAUAAAAUAACCUAAGGAUAAAACAAACAAUAGUCAGAAACAAUAAAAUAGUAUAAGGGCUACCAAACAAAUGUCAAACCAGAACCACUUGGAUGCAAACAAUAUAAAGAAACUCAAGAUACCAAGGAACCAUGUGUACGCAGUACUUUGGCUGGAGAUUAGAGUCAAUAGACCAAGCGGAGAACUUGAUGGAAGAACACAGCCAAGCAUAAAAUUUAGCAAUUUAGCCAGUUGAUGGUCAUUGAACAUGGCAUCCGUCCGGAGAAGGCAUCAUUUUUGAAAAAAAAUAUACAAGCACAAUAUCCAAAUUGCACAUGGUAGCAGUAUUAUCUAACAUGCUUCAAUUCUUAUGCAUGACAAAUGUUAAUAUAAUGUUUGGGAAAUUUUUAAUCAAUCACAAAUGGCCGUGUAUUUUUCUAGUUAUAAUGUAAUGAAAAUAAGCACACUUUCCCAUUUUUAUUUAUGGUUUUUAUUGUUCAUUUUUACUCUAUUCAUAAACUUCUCUAAACUCAAUUUGAAUACAUCUCUGUCGCCUACUC